AUGGCAACAUGGAGAACAAAUCUACGGGUCAACACCAACAAUGGAACUUACACAACAGCCGAAAUUAAGAUCAAGAGGGGACUGUUUCAGGGUGAUAAGUUAAGCACAUUAUGGUUCUGUUUAGCAAUAAAUUUCCUUAGUAAAUUACUCAACAAAACGAGAUACGGGUACUUAAUAGAAAAAAGAAACAACAUCAAAAUAAACCACCAAUUGUAUAUUGACGAUCUCAAACUCUACGCAGCGAACGAAGAUCAGCUAUUAAGGCAACUAAGGAUAGUAAAAUCUUUCACAGAAACAAUCAAGAUGCAAAUGGGACUUGAUAAAUGCGCAGUGCUGCAUAUUAAAAGGGGAAAACUCAUAACUGGAGAAGCGAUGCUUGUAGAAGACGAACUAAGAAUUCAAAGACUAGGGCCAGAUGAAUCCUAUAAAUACCUAGGCAUCCAACAAGGGCUAGAAAUAAGGAAUACUGAAGCCAAAACAACUUUCAGAAACAAGUUCAUGGAAAGGCUGAAAAUGAUACUGAAAAGCAAAUUAAAUGCUAAAUCAACAUUUACAGCUAUCAGCACAUGGGCUAUUCCUUGCUUAUCUUACUCGUUCGGAAUAAUAAAAUGGUCCGUCACAGACCUCAGGACCAUCGACACACAAAUAAGAGUAUCACUGACAAAAUAUGGCAUGCACCACCCCCACGCUUCUGUGAGCAGAUUAUACGUGCCCAGACAAGAUGGAGGAAGGGGACUGCAAAACAUUGAAUCCACACACCACCGAGUAGUACGCGAGAUGAGAGAAUACUUCAGAUCAAAAAACUCACCUUUUUUCAAAGCCAUAUCUGAUGAAGACAACAACAUCACAGCAUUAAAUCUGGCAUCAAGCAACCAUCCCAUUGAACCUAAAAGCAUCGAAGAACUAUCCGAAAUAUGGCACGGCAAAGCUCUCCAUGGAAGAUACCCCACCGCCCUGAAAUGGAACAAAAUAGACAAAGUAAGAUCUGUCAAUUACCUCAAGGCAGGAUACCUGUUUCCAGAAACGGAGGGCAGACUGGCGGCAAUUCAGGAUCAGGUGAUACCUACAAAAGCAUAUCAAAAACAGAUAAUGAAUAAGAACUUACCUAAUGACAAAUGCCGCAAAUGCUCCCAGGCGACUGAAACAAUCCAACACAUCACGUCAUCCUGCCCCAUCCUCGCUCCAAGGGAAUACACGGACCGCCACAAUGCCAUGGCAAAGGCAUACCACCAAGCCAUCGCCCUAAAAAAUGGGUUAAUAAAACAUCAAAAGAAAAUCUUUGAAUACUUACCUAAAGAAAUACUGGAAAAUGAGGAGAUGAAACUGUAUUGGGACCAUCCACUCGUCACUGACAGACCCAUUGCGCACAACCGGCCGGAUAUUGUGAUACUGAAAAAGAAAAAGAAAGAAUUAAUUAUAAUAGACAUCACGAUUCCAGCAGAUGACAAUGCUGAGCGAGCCUAUAAUGAAAAAAAGAUAAAAUACCACGAUCUGGCUUUCGAACUAAAAGAAAUAUACAGACUUACCUCUACAUCAAUCCUACCCCUCGUCAUAACCACAAACGGAUUAGUGGAGGCACAUCUUUUCGAAAACACCAUUAAGCUGGAACUAGAUGAAAAGCUAAUCGGAGAGGCACAAAAGGAGGUCAUCUUGUGGACCACCAGAAUAGUGAGAAGGUUCUUAACAAGUUGCUGA